CCCCCCCUCGCGCCCACGGAGCGCGCCUUGCCUGUACUUACCCCCACGGGCGUCCUCCAGAUGAAGCCGAACAACGACGGGGAGCCCCGCAAGAGGAGUAGGUUGACCAGGCAGGCGUGCGAUUCGUGCGCGAAAAAGAAGCGACAGUGUACAGGGGGUACACCGUGCCAGCGUUGUAAACGGACGGGAAUUGAGUGCAUCUACUCUGUCAAAGCCAUCUCGCGGAAACGACCUGGACACGGCGGUGAGGGUGGCAAGAAGGUUUCGUCGAGAACAAAUUCGGCGCCGCCGGCGUCGCCAUCGCCAGCAUCGUCGACCACGACUUUUGCUUCGGCAACGGCGUUGCCUGCGCCGGCGACCCAAGUCUCGUGUGGAACGGGACUGGGUGGGUUGGACGAGAGUCGCUACCUGUCCAUCUUCUUGGUGGAGUGUUGCCCAAUGUACCCUUGCGCAGACGACGCGUCAAUUCGCGACGGCCUCAUGCACGAGUUCGUGGGUCUCGCCAACCGCGACUCGCAGGAGGCUCUCCAGGGAGCGGAGGCGAUGAGAGGGCAGGCGCUGUCCUGCUCCCUCUUCUCGUGCGUCGCUCUGGGCGGCCUGAUCAGCGGGUGCCCCCCCGCCGCUGUCGCGCCGCACAUGACCACCGCGCGAGCCUGCGUCGCCAAGUUCGGCGGCCUCUCGGACCGCUACGCGGUGUCGGCGCUCAUCCUGUACGCCAUGGCGAGCGAGUACGUCGGAGGGCAGGGCCCUGGGACGGAGUACGCCAAGGGGAUGGAGGCCGCCAGGGCGAUCUUUGAGGGCCUCCCCGCCAAGGACAAGGACCCGGUGCUGUCGGCGGUGCUGGCGCACUUCAUGGUCCUCGAGGGCUUGCCGCUGUUGCGGCUCGUAGAGACGAACGCUCCGACGACUAACCCCGCCAAUAGGUGCAACAGCGGCGGCGGCGUAGGGGGGAUGGGGGGCGCCCCGGUCGGCUGGAGCACGGGCGGCAGCAACCGAGCUCCUUCGGGCAGUGGAGGUGUUCAUCAUGGCGGCGGCGGCGGCGGCGGCGGCGUUGGCAGGGAGCGAAACUCCGGAACGUCGUACGUUUGCUGCAACACCGCUCACGAGGAGGCGACCUUCCAGAGGGCGCUGGCGAUAAGGGCGGACGUGAGCAUGGUCUCGUCCCAGAACCCUCCCCCCGUGUACGUCGUGGCAGACGCGCAACUGCUGACGAUUCGCUUCUCUCGAGACCGGGGGGAUGUCGCGACGAGGCUAUGGCACUUGCACGACUUCGCCACCUCCGAGCUGAGACGCUUUAGGCAGGAGGGGAAGGGAGCGGUUGCCCUGCUGGCGCUGAUCGGCCCUCUGAUGGGAGUCCAGAUACGACUCGGUCGCCUGGACGGCAUCCUCGCCACGGCGGAGCUUGCCUCCUCUUUGAUCCGGAAGUGUCCCGGGUUGGUUAGGUGA